CGUCUAGCAGCCAAGCCAGAGAAGGAAGAAGGAGUAGCUUCAUCUUCUUGCUUUAAAUAAACAACACAGAAAUGAUACCACAUCAGAAGUUGAACAUGGGGCUCUCAAGUCAAUUAUUCAUUAUCCCUCUUCUCUUUGGAGUCAUGGUGUUCUGUCAAUAUGAAAUCAAUGACUUUGAGGAUGAAUAUGAAAAUGAAAUAGAUCAUGAAUAUCCAUCAAUUUUCCACCAUAUUCCUGGUGUAGAAUAUGCCUUUCCUUAUUUUAACACACCUACUGAAUGUGCCAAAGAAUGCUUUUGCCCACCUACUUUCCCAAUAGCAAUGUACUGUGAUCAUCGUAAACUUCAGAAAAUACCAAGCAUUCCGUCCCACAUCCAACAACUCUAUUUGCAGUAUAAUGAUAUUGAAGCAGUGCAUUUGGAAUCCUUUGUUAACGCUACUGCCUUGAAAGAAAUUAACCUCAGCCAUAACAAAAUUAAGUCUGACAUGAUUGAUGCAGGAGUCUUUGCCAAACUCUCCAAUUUAGUGCAACUCCACUUACAAUACAAUCAGUUAGAAGAAAUCCCAUUCCCACUACCUAGAAGCUUAGAGCACUUAAUCCUGGGUUUCAAUCAGAUUUCCAGCUUUCACCGCAGAGCUAUAGAAAGUUUAGGAAAUCUCACCAUGCUUGACCUCUGCAACAACUAUCUUGAGGAUUCUCAAUUCAAAGGAAUACAAUUUUCAAAUAUGAAGAAUCUAAUGCAACUCAACCUCUGUAGCAACAGACUACAAUCAAUGCCUCCUGAACUACCAUCUUCACUGAUGUACCUUUCCCUUGAAAAUAACUCAGUUUCUUUCAUUCCAGAUAACUAUUUCCAGAAACUUCCCAAACUUCUUGCUAUAAGGAUGUCACACAACAGUCUACAAGAGGUUCCUCACAAUGCUUUUAAUAUUUCUAGUCUUGUGGAACUCAAUCUUGGGCACAAUAAAUUGAAGCAAGCCUUCUAUAUUCCAAGAAGCCUACAGCACUUGUACAUAGAAGAUAAUGAAAUAGAAGUUAUGAAUAUUACUCUAAUGUGUCCUUCUAUCGAUCCGCUGAACUUCAGUCACUUAACCUAUAUACGAGUGGACCAAAACAAGCUCACAGCUCCUAUAAGCACAUAUGCCUUCUUCUGCUUUCCACACAUACAAAGUAUUUAUUAUGGUGAACAAAAAAUCAGUACCAACCAACGAACACAACUGAGAACUCCAGUGUUUCGAAGAUACCUAACACCAGAAGAAUAUGAAGAAGCAGAAGAAGACAAUGCCGAUCAAGAUCAGGAUCAGGAUCUCAGAGGAAGAGAGGAUGAUGACUACUUUGAUCCUUACUUAUAUUAAAUCAUUAUAGGUACAAUCAUAAUGCAUGCUAUUUUCUUAUAAGAUGCAGCCAUUAUAUAUUUAUUAUAAGUAUUUCCAUAUAAUUGGAGAGAAUGCAAUUUUAAAAGCAAUGGGAAUCACUUGGAAAAUACAUAACCAUUUGGCAUUGGUCAUCUGAAGUAGGUUGAGAAAGAACUUGCAGAUUUAUUUAAUGCAGAAAUGGUUCUUUCCAAAAUGUCCAAAGCAUGCAAUUUGAACAUUACGACUAUUAAAGGAUUUUAACCAUCAUGCCUGCAUAAUUAGAAAUCUUCCAAGAUAUAAAUAAACAUUGUGACAACUCUGCUAGUGUAAUGCAUAUCUGAUGCAAAUAUCAAGUAACCAAGAAGAAAGGGAAAAGGAAGUUUUAUAUAUUGACAUGUCAUUACUCUUUGUGUCUGGAAUAUAAAAUAGUAUGUUUAGUUAAGAGUGCAUAUUAUUUGUAGUUGUGGAUUCUAUAAUGCAAGUUGAAGGUACAGUCUGUGGCAAAGUCUUUAUUUAUUUUAAGUGAUCUGUAGCUAAGCAGGGUCAGCCCUGGUCAGUACUUGGAUGGCAGACCCACAAGGAACACCUGGUUCCAUAGGCUACAUUUCAGAGGAAGAAAUUGACAAAGCCACCUCCUUGCAUAAGAAAACCCUAUGAAAUUCAUAAGCUCACCAUAAGUUGACAGGUGACUUGAAACUAUAUGCGCACACACAGCCAUAUUGCAUUUUAAGGAAAGUGUUAGUAUUUCUGUGUUAGUAGGCAUGUGACCAUGUUGUGAUAUAUACAUGCAUUAUGUAUCUAUGACAACCAACUACAAAUAAUUUAAAAUCCAUGAUUGUAAUAGCUUCUGCCAGAUUUCAUAGUUUGUCACUUCAUAAAUAUUAAGCUAUUAAACUAAACGUAUGUCAGCUCAGGAGAACAAUCAGUAGGCAUAGUCAUUUGAAGAAGAUGAAUGGUAGAAAUUAACUUAGCUACAAAAAUCAAAUUUCUCAAGGCUGGUCAUAAAGAUUUUCAGCCACUACACAUUUUCUGUAGGAUAUAAUUGUUUUAUUUAAUAUUAUAAUUAUCUUUGUAACAGAAUAUAAUAAUCUGUAAUGCACAAUAAUAUCCAGCAAUUUUAACAACUAGAUCAAUGACAAUAGAAGCACUUUGUAAUUCUGUUAUUUACUUAUUAUUUUCACUUUACACUUAGUUUUAUAAUUAACAACUAAUUGUUUAACAUUAAUGCUUGUGAGUAAAAUCCAUAGAUCGUGUAACAAGUGUUAACAAGCUAGACAAUAAUAUUUUAGGAUGUAUCACUUAGAAAGCUAGAGCUAGGCAUUUACAAAUAAAUGUAGAAAAAUCUAAUUCAGAAAUGUACCUGAUUUUGUUCCAACAGAUUAUUUUGCUUUUUAUAUAUUAAACCAGAAGAUAAUAAAUACUGAUACUCUGAAAAGGUGGAACUUAA